UAUCUAUGAAAAAUUACAAACUGACAAUGCACUUCAAAAAUGGCAUUAUAACCCAGUUCAAAGUGAAAAGAUUCAAGAGAAUAUUCUGAAAAAGAUUACAAUAAAUAUAAAAAACAUUAUCGCUAACCUGUUAAUAGAAAUGAUCCAAGAUACAAAAUUAAAG